AGGAGGAAACCACUAAUCUCGAGAUAGAAAAGUUCGCCAGGCAAAAUCGAAAGGCUUGAUGGGACUUACUGAGCAAAUGCUUAGUGGGAUGGUGAAGGAGCUUACAGGUGGCUAUAUAAUCAAGUAUCACGCAAAUGGCGUGGAUAAAGAACCUAUUGAGAUAGACUUCACCCCACCUUUUAGAAGGAUUGAUAUGAUCGAAGAUCUAGAGAAAGUGGCAAAUCUCAGUAUACCCAAGGAUCUUGCUAGUGAUGAGGCUAACAAGUAUCUAGCGGAUGCAUGCACCAAGUUUGAGAUAAGAUGUGCCCCCCCUCAGACUACAUCUAGAUUGCUCGACAAACUUGUCGGGCACUUCCUUGAAGAGAUGUGUGUUAAUCCAACUUUUAUCAUCAACCAUCCUGAAAUAAUGAGUCCACUCGCGAAAUGGCAUAGGUCUAAGCCUGGGUUGACUGAACGAUUUGAGCUGUUUGUCAACAAGCACGAACUUUGCAAUGCAUACACUGAGUUGAAUGAUCCUUUUGUUCAACGUCAACGUUUUGCUGAUCAGCUCAAGGACCGGCAAUCUGGUGAUGAUGAAGCAAUGGCAUUUGAUGAAACUUUCUGCACAGCACUUGAAUACGGAUUACCACCUACAGCUGGAUGGGGAAUUGGUAUUGAUCGACUUGCAAUGAUUUUAACUGACUCACAAAACAUCAAGGAAGUCAUAUUCUUUCCAGCUAUGAGGCCUCAAGAGGAAACAAGUAAAGAAAGCCAAAACAAAUUGAGCGAACAAACAAAGGCUAAAGAUGCACAAAACCAAACCAAUUGUAGUGCCACCCCAGAGGCAUCAUGAUACCAUUUUUCAAGCUGAACGAUGGAGAUGGAGUUGAAUGAUGUACUUGAAAUGUUCAAGAGUUUCAUAUGUAUUCUAUUUUUGGAUGAUUUAAUGCUUCAUGCACAAACCAAAUGUCUUUAUGUGCUCUGCAGAGGACAUUAUAUAUCACGAGAAUUAGAUUAUACUAGACUAUUAAUUCGUGCUAUUGAGUUUUUGACCAAAAAAAAAAAAAAAAAAAAA